UCUGUAAUCCGUUUCUAUCCUCUGAGAAGGAGAAAGUUGCUUCGACGUCGAGAAUAUAAGAUGGCGGAAACAAGUGCAAAGCGUCUCAAGCGAGCAGGGACAUGGGUCGAUGUGGAAAACGUACACGAUCUCUUCGUCGACAUCUUAUCGCGUCUGCCCGUACAAUCCAUCUGGUCAUUACGCACCGUCAGCAAGAAAUGGUAUGGUUCGAUUCGCAACAAGACUUUUGCUAAAAACCUGCUAGCCAAAUCUAAGGAGGAGCCUCGCUUCAUCGCAUGUCUAAAGAUGGCGAAAAGGAUGAGACUGGAGACGAUGAUACCAGGACGUGUGGAAAAAUCUCACCUGAAUACAAUUGAUCCUGCUGGGAGAAGCGAUGAAGAUUACAUGUACAUGAUAUCAUCUUUCAACGGACUUAUCUGCUGCGUUAAUUACAUCAACGAGGAAAACGUGGAAGGAAACAACUUCUGGGAUCUGCAGAUACGGAUCAUUAACCCUUGCACAGGGGAAACUCUGCUUCUUCCCCAAGGAACACCUUCGUUCAAGUUUGAGCCAAGCUUUGGAGUAGCUUAUGGCUCCGACGAAUUCAAGGUUUUCCGAAUUUUCUGCCAGGAGAAAGUCCCUAAAGAGAAGGUAUAUGAUGGAUUUUACUAUGAAGGUGGUCGAGUCUUGAGAGCACACACUAGCGCUGUGGUAUAUGAGUGUGAGGUGUAUUCAUCUAGAACCUGUGUUUGGGAAAAUAUUGGCACUGUGCCUUGUGUUCCCAUGUAUACUCAUCUUAGUCCCUUCAGAUCUGUGCAUGUUUUUGUGGGAGGUAAGGUUUACUGGCUUUCUUCUUUAUUUGAGCCAGAAGAAAUCCUCUCUGUAGAUUUUGAUGGGAGAUUUGAGGUUAUUAAGUUGCCUCACUAUCAUACUAAUCAAAAAGGCGAAGACAGGAUAACAGAUGAUACUUUUCUGAUAAAUUUGCAUGGAUGUCUCUCUGUUGUUGUUCGACAUCCCAACUACAUGGAUGUGUGGAUUUGGAAGAAACACGGUUGGGAAUUUGUAUGCUUUGAUACUAUGCCAUUUCGUGAGAAUGACUUGGUGUUAGCCAUAACUUCAUUAGAAAGCGAGAUCUUUUGGGUGACUCAGAAAUUAUGGUGUUCUUAUAAUGUGGAUACUAAUAGCUGGAAGAGGAUAAAGAGGGUAAAUGCUAUUUCUGCUGGACUUGCAAACCCAUCUCUUCUCCCAUUCGCCAAGAGCAUUUUUCCUUGCAAUGGCGAUGGGAUGGUGCCGUAGAAGAACAUUAUGAUCCUCUUUUUGAUGUGAUGGAGAGAUCAUUGCCUUUUGUGUUUCCCUCAUAAACUUUGUUAAAGAUUCUCUGGUUGGUAUAUUUCAUUUUGCACUCGGUUUAUGCAGUUUUUUGGUGCAUGUAAGGCUUUGCAACAAAUGGAUGUAUGACUAAUGGUUGCUUUUAAGAUUUUAGUCUCUUGAUUUCUA